AACACAACGACAAUCUCUAUUUCAUCUUUAUCGAUGUCUUUUUUUCUGAUUAAUGGGGUCUGCAAGGGAUUAACAAAGUAGGGCGAUGACCGGCGCGGGACGAGAAACGGCGCAACGAAGAGUCUGGCGGAGUUCGACAUUUUGAUGGCGGCAAGUGCUUCCGAUGCGUUACCCGUCUGUGACUGACGAUUCGGCGGGAUUGACGAAGUGAGGGUGUCAUAUAGUACGUGGCUGUACUUCGCUCGUUUCCUCAGGUCGGUCUCUCGCCUGCAUCAGGAUGUCGCGGUACAGUCCUGGUCCCACACCGAUCCCAGAUCCGGUUCGCCACCCCUCUGAUCUAUACGCCUUUGACCCGCGUGCCCAAGCACGGACGCUCACGCCGUCCACCCACCCGUCGACGCCAAGCACACUCCCCUUCACCCCCUUCUCCGACGCCUUCCCGGACCAGAGCCAGAGCCAAAGCCAGCCACUCGCUCACGCUUCGUCCUCGCAGUUUCGCAUCCGACGCGUACCCGUACCCGAUGCCGACGACACCAACAUCGACUCGGGCUACUACGACGUCGGCCGGCCAACCCCGCAGAGUCGCUCCGCCCGAUCGCUGCCAAUGCGUCCGGAGGAGGUCACGGAUGUGGUCGAAGAUGAGCUCGAACCAGAGCCGGUGAUACCCACGGUAGCAGAUCGGAGACAAGCGGGUCCUUCGUCUGCGCACGGUGGUCUGCUUACCAGAUUGCGCAAGCUUGCGCUGGGCGGGACGAAAAAGCGCGACCGUGUAGCAGCGCCGUUCACGAUGCCCGAGCCCGGGCAUCCGAUACCUAUAUCCCCACAGGAGAACGCACGCAUCAGCCCCUCCAUGUUCGCAACUACCCCUGCGCCCGAUUAUCCAUACCUUGGAGGCCAGCCAUACGACUCCCUCGUACUCGACGCCAUUGAUGCUGACCUUCCCCGCUCAUCCCAACAUCACCACUCAGAAGACGAGUACGAACCGGAGUACGCAGAGCUAGAAGGCACCACUCUCGCUCACGGCGCCACUACUCUCGGACACGACGGCACCACCACUCUCGGACAUGACGGCACCACCACGCUCGUGCACGACGCCACGACCCUUCUUCCCCGACGCCCUGCCCGCUAUCCAUACAGGCUCACGCCUACUACCUCUCCGGGCCUCUCACUCCCCUCUCUUCCGCGCACCGACGACCCCGCCCCCCAAAAUCCUGUAGAAAAAGCCGAAUCUUUCCUCAGAGACGUCUGGGCCCUGCCAUGGGGCUGGGCAUCCGACGACCCCGUCUCGGCCGACUACAUUCCCGCACGCUCCUCCCGCGCCAAGCUGCGCUGGCAGCACGCGACCGGUGAAGACUCGUGGUACCCGCGUCGGCAGCGUCAACUUGCGCUCACGCGCAUGCUCGGGCUCGGCAAACGCGAGAUCUCGGCCCCGGUGCUGCGGGAAGACCUGUACUACGACCCGCUCGACGAGAAGGAUCGGGAGCCGCUGAUGUCCAUGUCGUUCGCAGAGGGCCAGAGCCGCGCGGGCGAUGCGACGCCGCGACUUUACGGCGGCGCGCCGUCCGUCGACCAUAGAAGCACGAGCGCUGGCACGCCUAGACGGAGUCGGAGCACCAGCGCGCCGAUGUACGACGAUGGACCCGCCACGCUUACGCGCUCUCGCAGCAGUGUUCGUGACCGAACAGGCUCUCGUAGUGCGUACACUGCAACCGCCAGCCCGGCGAGCGCCGCGAGCGCGCUCACGGACCGCACGAUCCCUACGCUUUCGCACUCGCGCGCCGCGCCGCGCUCCCACCACUCGCGCUCCGCGUCGUAUGCGAGCCCGCAUUCCGCCGUCGGCUCCGCCUACGUCCCGAGCCACCUACUCGAGCCGACGGUCCGCAGCCACUCGUCGACGUACGUCCCCAGCCACAGGCUCGCGCCGACCCAGUCGCCCACCCCUUCGUCUACCUCGUCUCUUACCGCGUCCACCACGACGCCGAGGCCGGAGAAGCGCUCACCCUCGCACGCAAGGUCGCAAUCACAAUCACACUCGCACUCGCACUCGAACCACGACCGGAGCUUAUAUCGCUCCGUAUCGGGCUUCACAGCCGGCACCGAGACGCGCCUCGACACGCCCUCCAGCGUGCGCGCCUACCUGCGCGACGAAGUGGAUGAGAGCGCCUUCUCGAGCCCUCGGACGGAUCGGACGAUACCGACAGUAUCCGCGAUAUUGAGUGCUGCUGCACUAAGUCUUGUCACCGGUGCAUCGUAUCAGAAAGUUUUCAUGGUCUUACAGAAACCGGUCCAUCGCCACCGGUAUGCAGGCCCGAUAUCUUUGAAAGCAGCGGGAACUUCCUACUGGGGAAGGAUGCAUGCUCGCACCUCCUGCCCAUACCAAUCCAAGGCUCGCACGAACAUCGACUCAAGGCUGUCCAUGUGUAGUUUCCCUCUCGUGAUGGAUGCACAGGUCUCGUGCGCUUUUGCUAGGCCCCUUGUCAUCCAGCCUCUCGGUCUUAAACGCUCCCGUGAGGCGGGAUGGUCAUCGCCGGUUCUCGGCAAGCAUGUAGCACUAGAACGUUCUUAUUGA